AUGAAUCGGCCAGUCAAGCUUUAGUGACAGCUCACACUUCGCUUUGACCUCCUGAAAAAACACGGUUCACCCUCGACCCUUCAGCCAUGUCUCUUGCCGGCACCUACGAGUAUGCUUCUAACGAGAACUACAGCGAGUGGCUCUCCGCCGUCGGUAUUCCCGCCGAGUACGUAGCCAAGAUGGUGGCCGCUAAGCCCGUGCUGGAAGUGUCCCAGAAUGGCAAUGUCGUCACCAUCAAGACCGUUGCCGGCGACAAGAGCUUCACCAACACCAUCAAGCUCGGCGAGGAGUCCAAGGCUAGCCUGCCCGGCGGCGUCGAGUACACGGUUAGCCUUUCUCAGUCUGGCAACACCCUGAAGGGAACCUGGGCCAUGGGAGGCAAGUCAGGUGACGCCUGCGUGGAGGUCACCGGCAGCAACCUCAUCCAGAGCAUGAGCCUCGGAGGCGUCAAGGCCAAGAGGGUGUACAACCGCAAGUAGAUGAGCUGCACUCGCUCUUUCCUCUUCACACACACACACCCACGCGCACGCAGUAGUGUCCAAGAGGCUGUUACGCUGUCUCCCCCUGCUGUUGGGGUUCUCGUCGAAACAGCAACUCAUUCAUCGCUGCUGUGUGGCUUCGCCUACCUAUACUCUUCUAUUUUCGUUUUCUAUGGCAAAGCUUUUUCUAUCAUCCCCAAUGCUCUGUUGAAAUAAAAGAAAAUAUUUC